AUGUUCAACCAGCACAGUGGAGAAAUGUUUCGCCGGCGAUAUGGCCGUGAAGUAUCUCUCGCGAACUUGCACAAUGUGGCCCUCCCUGGGCAGCUCUCGCAGGAUACAAGCGCAAUGCCAUCGCCUCAGGGGUCGGGAGAGCCCUCGAGAAGCCAGAGCCAGGAGCGAGAUGGGACGUGGGGCGAGCGGGAUGUCGGAGGCCCUGUCAGCCGUGAAGAGGCCAUGGCAGAGUUUGAGGAGAUUCGGAGGGAGAUCUCCAGAAUCAGCCUGCAGCGGACCGCAACUCGCGAGUCCGGUGCCGAAAAGGCCAGGACUUGGCUCUCCCGGGGUCGGUCACGGCCGUCGAUGGCUCGCACGCGAACAACAGCCUCGAGAGCCAGCAGUAUCGGCACCGAUGCAACUUGGGACAAAGAAACCGGCCCAGAGCCGGUCGAGGAAGAUGACUUGGACCUGGGUGCUUUCCUCAAGGAUGGCCAUUUCGAGAAACGGACUGCUGAAGGCGAGUCGGCGAAGAAGGUUGGGGUACUCUUCAGAAAUCUCACUGUCAAGGGCGUGGGUGCUCAAGCCACCUUCACAAAGACCCUGCCAGAGGCCAUCGUGGGCACAUUUGGGCCCGACCUGUAUCACCUGGUGACCAGAUUCGUCCCUGCUCUCAAGUUUGGCAAACCGCCUCCGACGAGGGACCUGAUCCAUGAUUUUACUGGGAGUGUCCGCGACGGCGAGAUGAUGCUGGUGCUCGGUCGUCCGGGAUCAGGCUGCUCAACCUUCCUCAAGGUCAUUGCCAACCAACGAGAGAGCUUUGCUGGGGUCGAAGGCCUAGUCACCUACGGCGGCAUCUCCGCCGAGGAACAAAAGAAGAGCUACCGCGGUGAAGUCAACUACAAUCCAGAGGACGACCAACACCUCCCGAAUUUGACCGUGUGGCAGACCCUCAAGUUUGCAUUGAUGAACAAGACGAAGAAGCAUGACGCCAGCACCAUCCCGAUCAUCAUCGAUGCGCUCCUCAAGAUGUUUGGCAUCUCGCACACAAAAGACACGCUGGUGGGCAACGAGUACGUGCGAGGUGUCUCCGGGGGGGAACGGAAACGUGUGGGCAUUGCUGAAACGCUGGCAACUAAGUCCACCGUGGUUUGUUGGGACAAUUCGACGCGAGGGUUGGAUGCCUCUACCGCGCUGGACUACGCCAAAUCCCUCCGCGUGAUGACGGACAUUUCCAACCGGACGACCUUCGUCACUCUCUAUCAGGCAGGUGAGGGUAUUUAUGAACUCAUGGAUAAAGUCUUGGUCAUCGAACAAGGACGCAUGAUCUACCAGGGCCCCGCGAAGCAAGCACGCCAGUACUUCAUUGACUUGGGGUUCCAUGCGCCCGACCGCCAGACCACAGCCGACUUCUUGACUUCCGUGGGCGACCCUAACGAGCGACAGUUUCGCAGUGGCAUGGAAGCCUCGACACCCAAAACUGCACAAGAGUUGGAGGCGACGUACCGCAAAUCAGACAUCUACAAAGGAGUGCUGGCCGAAGUCGAACGCUACGAGAACGAAAUCAAGGUGACCGAUGGCUCCGAUGCCAGACAAUUCCAGGCGGCCGUUCAGGAACAAAAGAGCAACAGCAAGCUCAUCUCUGCGCGGUCGAGCUAUACCGUCUCCUUUUGGCGGCAGGUCAUGGCGUGCACACUCCGCGAGUUCUGGCUGUUCUGGGGCGACAAGUCCACGCUGUACACCAAGGCGUUCAUCAUCAUCUCCAAUGCUCUCAUCGUUGGUUCUCUCUUCUACGGAGAAAGUCUGGAUACCAGCGGCGCCUUUUCUAGAGGCGGUGCUCUUUUCUUCUCCAUCUUAUUCCUGGGCUGGCUGCAAUUGACCGAGCUGGUGAGGGCGGUCAGCGGCCGUGUCGUGAUUGAACGACAUCGCGACUAUGCGUUCUACCGGCCCAGCGCGGUGGUAAUCGCCCGUGUUGUUCUCGAUCUACCGGUCGUCGCGGUCCAGGCUGUCGUCUUCACCAUCAUUCUCUAUUUCAUGGCCAAUCUCGACGUCGAAGCUGGCAAGUUUUUCAUCACCCUCCUUUUCGUGUACAUCACCACGAUUUGCCUCACAGCACUCUAUCGCUUGUUUGCGGCCUUGAGUCCGACCAUCGACGACGCCGUCAGAUUCUCCGGUCUCGCGCUCAAUCUCUUGGUCAUCUUUGUCGGCUACACGAUUCCAAAGACGAUCUUGACCGGCGACGUCAUCUGGUUCGGCUGGUUGUUCUACGUCAAUCCCGUGUCAUACUCGUACGAAGCCGUGUUGACGAACGAGUUCCACGGUCGGUCGAUGGAAUGCUCUCCUUCGAACUUGAUACCCCGUGGCCCCGGUGCCCAGCCGGGUUAUCAAGGGUGUUCACUGAGCGGAGCUACUCUGGGCAGUACGAGAGUCAGCGGUGAUGCCUAUUUCCAAGAUUCUUUCGGCUAUUCUCGAUCACAUCUUUGGCGGAACUUUGGAGUGGUUCUCGCCUUUACCGUACUCUAUAUCCUCGUCACCGCUUUCGCUUCCGAAAUUUUCUCAUUCGCCGGAGGUGGCGGCGGUGCGCUGAUCUUCAAGAAAACCCGCAAGGCAAAGCAGAUGGUCGGUGAAAACACCAAACCCGCGGAUGAAGAAAAGGCCGUAACGGCCGCGGAACCAGCUUCGACCGGCACCUCGGAAACGAUGAAGGAUGAGCAGAACGCCAUCACCGGCGGCAUCGCCAAGAGCAAGAGUGUCUUUACGUGGGAGAAUGUUGAGUAUGAGGUCCCAUAUCAAGGCGGAAAGAGAAAACUGCUCAAUGGAGUAAAUGGAUAUGUCAAACCCGGAGUGAUGAUCGCCCUCAUGGGUGCCUCUGGAGCCGGCAAGACCACGCUGCUGAACACCCUCUCGCAGCGCCAGACCACGGGCACUGUAUCUGGGGAUAUGCUGGUGGAUGGACGGCCUCUGGGCGUAGAGUUUCAGCGAGGCACCGGCUUCUGCGAACAGAUGGACCUGCACGACGAAGCGGCCACCAUUCGCGAAGCCCUCGAGUUCUCAGCGAUCUUGCGGCAAGAUCGGCAUGUGCCAAAGCAGGAGAAGCUUGACUAUGUCAACAACAUCAUCGAACUGCUGGAACUCCACGACAUUGAGGAUGCCAUCAUUGGCUCUCUGGGUGUCGAACAGCGCAAGAGACUGACCAUUGGCGUGGAACUAGCUGCGAAGCCCGAGUUGCUCCUGUUCCUGGACGAGCCGACCAGCGGUUUGGAUUCCCAGUCUGCCUUCUCGAUCGUCAGGUUUCUGAAGAAGCUCUCCCAAGCGGGUCAAGCCAUCAUCUGCACAAUUCACCAGCCCUCGUCGAUGUUGAUCCAGCAAUUUGACAUGGUCUUGGCUCUGAACCCGGGCGGCAACCCAUUUUACUUUGGUCCCAUUGGAGAAAACGGUUCGGCGGUGGUUGAGUACUUUGCGAAACGAGGCACCCAAUGCCCGCCCAACAAGAACGUGGCCGAGUUUAUUCUCGAGACGGCUGCGAAAGGAGGGAGGAGACGAGCCGACGGGAAACGGGUCAACUGGAACAAAGAAUGGCUCGAGUCCGAUGAGAACGCCGCCAUGCUCAAGGAAAUUCAACGUCUCAAGGAAGAACGAUCCAAGGAACCUCCCAAGGAAGUCAAGGAACAGCGCGCCUUUGCCGCUCCCGUGUCUCUCCAGACGUACGAGCUCGUCAAGCGGACGUUCCGUUCGUACUGGCGCGAUCCGUCAUAUCUGUAUGCGAAACUCUUCACCAGCGUGCUCAUCGGCAUCUUCAACGGCUUCACGUUCUACAACCUGGACAACUCGGUGGCGUCGCUGCAAGAACGGUUCUUCACCUCGUUCCUCAUCAUCAUCAUCCCGCCCACCAUCGUCAACGGCGUUGUCCCCAAGUUCUACCAGAAUCGGGCGUUGUGGGAAGCCCGCGAAUACCCGUCUCGCAUCUACGGGUGGUUCGCGUUCUGCACCGCCCAGGUCGUCGCCGAGGUUCCCACCGCGAUCAUCAGCUCCGUCAUCUACUGGCUGCUGUGGUACUACCCGACCGGACUCCCCCGUGACAGUGAGACGGCCGGGUACAUGUUCCUGAUGACGAUGCUGUUCUACUUCUUCAUGUCGUCGUGGGGCCAGUGGAUCUGUGCGUUCGCGCCGUCCUUCACGGUGAUUUCCAACACGCUGCCGUUCUUCUUCGUCAUGGUGUCCAUCUUCAACGGCAUCGUGCGGCCCUACAGUCAGCUGCCGGUGUUCUGGCGGUACUGGAUGUACUACGUCAACCCGUCCACGUGGUGGCUGCGCGGUGUGCUCGCGGCCACCCUGAAAGAUCUGACGGUGCAGUGCGCGCCGCGCGAGUCGACGCUGUACAACGCGCCGCCGGGCCAGACCUGCCAGACGUACACGCAGCCGUUCAUCGACUCCUCGGGCCUGGGGUACGUGCGCACCCUGGCCAACGGGACGUGCGCGUACUGUCCUUACGCGAGCGGACGGGAGUAUCUCUCCACCUUGAACACCCGGCCGAACGAGCAGUGGCGCGACUUCGGCAUCUUCUUGGUGUUUGUGUGCUCGAACUGGCUGCUGGUCUACUUCUUCAUCUACACCGUCCGGGUGAGGAAGUGGAGCUUCGGCAUGCGGUCCGUCUUUGGCGCGGCGGAGAAGCUGGUUGACGCGGCAAAGGGGUUGGCGAAGGGGAAGAAGAGGUGA